GUAUUGUUUUGGUUCCUAACGUUGAGAGUCAGAAUCGAAAUCGUUCCUAACGUAAUUUUGAAUUUAAAACCUUCCUUAAUAUUUUUUUCAUAUUAAAAUCGUUCUUUUUAAUAAAAUUUUGAGUAAUUACCCAAAUUGGUCCCUGAGGUUUUUAAAAUCGGACACUUUAGUCCCCCAGCUUUUGAAAUACACAAAAAACUCCCCCAAGUUUAACUCCGGCGGACAAAUCAGUCCCUGGCAAUCUUUCUCCGUCAAUGACAAACGGAGAACGCUGACGUAGAGCCCUGGGCCGGCACACGUGGCAGUCAGUGGUCCACGUGUGCAAAAAGACAGAUCAGUCCCUGGGCCUAAACUGUGUCGUUUUGUAGUUUGGCUCCAUGUACAUCCCUCUUCUCAAAACCAAAAUACUCAAAACCCACCCUUUCUUCCUCAAUUUACAGAGAAAAGACGUAACCCCUCUUCAUCCGUUUCAUCUUCAACCUCUGUCACCCACAUUCAACUGUCAGCAUUUGGGGAUGGAAUCCCCCUUUGCGUGCAUCUAGAGCCCUAUUGUUUGCACUCUAUAAUGGCCAAUGUUUCAGCGACCGUUAGCGGCGAAAGCUCUGCUGCGUCUAGUCGCCGGCGAGGGAGACUAAGCCAGGAUAGCAUGGGCGAGAGAGGAUUAAGCAAAAUCGACUUCGCAAAGGGAAAACACCCGAAUUGCUUCUGUGGGUAUCACGCGAUAAUAUGCAAGUCGACUACUACGGAGAAUCCUGGAAGGUUGUUUUUUGGGUGCCCCAUGUACAAGGAAAAUCAACCAUAUUGCAAGUUCUUCGCUUGGGUUGACACUGUUUUUGAUCUCAGCUUCAAGAAGGCUGCUGUGAAAGAACCUAGUGAAUUGCAGGAUUUAGUGGGUAUUGUUGGUGGGUUCCAAGAUAGAUUAAUAGAGUUGCAAAAUAGGGUGUAUGCACUAGAGAUGUGUCAAAAUACAGAGGCAAAAAAAGAAUGCAAGAAGAGUUGGUUUAAGGCGGUUUACUUUAUUUAUGUAUUUUGUGCUGCAAGUUGUGCUAUUGUGUUUAAGUAUAUUGUUGGAUCUUAGGUUUUUUGAAAAUGUUAGUUAUUUGGUGAUGUAAAUUGAAACUUAUGAAUGAAUGAAAUUCUUAAAAAUUUCAUUAUUUUGCUGAAAAUUUUAGGGAGUCAAACAUUUUUGUAGGUUAAAAAAUAUUUGGAAAUUUGUUGAAACUUAGUUGUAAAAGAACCAUGAUUUCUUAA